AAAUAAGUCCUACCAAAUCUGCAUGAUCUUCUCCUAUCACUUCUCUCUUGAAACUCCACAUUCAAAAGCCAGACUAUUUAAGCUCUGCAAUUUGCAAAUAGCAGACCAAGACCAAGAGGCAAGAACAAGAACGAGAGAGAGAGAGAGAAGAUGGAGAAGAUAGAGCACAGAAUAGUACCCACAAAUGGCAUAAACAUGCACAUAGCGUCAAUAGGGACAGGCCCAGUGGUCCUCUUCCUCCACGGCUUCCCUGAGCUCUGGUACUCGUGGCGCCACCAGCUUCUUUACCUAUCUUCCCUCGGCUACCGCUGCAUAGCCCCCGACCUCCGAGGAUAUGGAGACACUGACGCGCCGCCCUCCGCCUCCUCCUACACUGCGUUCCACAUCAUCGGCGACCUCGUCGGCCUUCUCGACCAUCUGGGUAUCGACCAGGUCUUCUUGGUCGCCCAUGACUGGGGGGCUGUGAUGGCCUGGUACUUCUGCUUGUUCAGGCCCGACCGGAUCAAGGCCUUGGUCAACAUGAGCGUGGCGUUCCGCCCGAGGAACCCAUUAAGAAAGCCUCUGGAGAGCUUAAGGUUUUUGUUUGGUGAUGAUUACUAUAUUUGCAGGUUUCAGGAACCUGGGGAGAUUGAAGAAGAAUUUUCUCAUGCCGGAUGUGAAAGACUAAUAAAGGAAUUUCUUACAUGUCGCAAUCCACACCCACCUUGUAUACCUAAAGGAGGAUAUGUAACUCUCCGUGACACUCCAGUUACCUUGCCCUCUUGGUUGUCAGAAGAAGAUAUCAGUUAUUUUGCAAGCAAAUUUGGCAAGAAAGGCUUCACUGGAGGACUGAACUAUUAUCGAGCUAUGGACCUAACCUGGGAGCUCACAGCCCUGUGGACUGGAGUACAAAUCAAAGUGCCAGUGAAGUUUAUUGUGGGUGAGCUAGACAUCACCUAUUCUAUCCCUGGUGUCCAGGAUUAUAUACACAAAGGUGGCUUCAAGAAAGACGUGCCAUUUUUGCAAGAAGUAGUUGUGAUGGAAGGAGCAGCUCACUUUAUAAACCAAGAAAAGGCCGAGGAGGUCAGCGCACACAUAUAUGACUUUAUCAAGAAGUUUUAAUAUCUCCAUUUGCUACUCAGCAUCCUACAUUCCUCUAUACCUUUAUGCUCGAGUUGCCUUAUGUUGUAUCCUGUUGAGGGCUCCGUCCCACAUCGCAUCUGUUUGGUUGUCCUGUUUUCUUUUCUCCCUGAAUAAAUAAAGAUACAAUGAUGUAGAGUCCCACGUCUUUUGAAACAUUGUUCAGGAUUCCUGUGCUGUAACUCUCAUAAUUAGUGAUCUUGAUUUGUUUUUUUCCUUGGUAA